UUGAGAGCGUAGACACAGUCCCAGCAAUGCUUGUUCCUGUCAGGGGACAGCAUUAUGAGGACUGUGUGUUGAUGACCCGAAGAGUAAUAUUGUUGGCAAUCACUCGGACCUUGCUAAAAAUACUAUUGCCAAACAACUUGCCUAGUUUUACCAUAGCUCUUUAUACAGUGUUACUCUAUAGUGUUCUAACUUGAAGUCAAUAUUAAAUGAAUCUUAAUGACUCGUUUGCUGUCUUCUCCACAGGUUUCUGCUCACCCUGACAAAACUGUAGGUGAAGAACCGAUGGGAUCACUAUCCUCGUCUCUUGAACCACAGGUUUCUGCUCACCCUGACAAAACUGUAGGUGAAGAACCGAUGGGAUCACUAUCCUCGUCUCUUGAACCACAGGUUUCUGCUCACCCUGACAACACUGUAGGUGAGGAACCGAUGGGAUCACUAUCCUCGUCUCUUGAACCACAGGUUUCUGCUCACCCUGACAAAACUGUAGGUGAAGAACCGAUGGGAUCACUAUCCUCGUCUCUUGAACCACAGGUUUCUGCUCACCCUGACAAAACUGUAGGUGAAGAACCGAUGGGAUCACUAUCCUCGUCUCUUGAACCACAGGUGAACGGCUAUCCGACUUGGAAAUCUUUGUAAUUUUUCUGACAUGUAUUUUAGUGGACAUGGGUUUUUGAGAGCGUAGACACAGUCCCAGCAAUGCUUGUUCCUGUCAGGGGACAGCAUUAUGAGGAC